AUGGGUAAACGAAGCUUAGAUGAUGCGGAAAUCUCCAUCGGAGGCCAAUCGACGGUUGAAAAUGUGCCAGCCUCAAAAAAGAGCAAAAAAGAAAGCAAGAAGGUUGCGGUAGAGGCAACUACCACCACGGAGGUAGAUGUUGAUGCGGAAAAGGCAGCGAAGAAGGAGAAGAAACGCUUGAAGAAGCUGAAAAAACUGGCUGAGGCCGAGGCGGCAGAGACUCCAGCGGAAACCGAGGACACGAAGGAGGACACGAAGGUUGAGGAAGUGGUAGACGAGAAGGCGGCGAAGAAGGCAGAGAAGGCCAAAUUGAAAGCUUUGAAGAAGGCGAAGAAGAACAAGCCAGAAGAAACAACGGAAGCUGCGACCACAGUACCGGAAACUAGGACCUCUGCGCCAGCCGCGGAUGGGAAAUCCGAUAGCGGCUACACAGAAGCUGCUGGCUUGAUAGCUCUCCCUCAAUCCGAAGUUGACAAGUUCCUCGCAGAAAACUUCAUCUCCGUCACGGAUCCCCUCCCUACCUUCGCAAAACUCCGACCCUUGACGGCCUUCGAUUUCCUCCCCAUCACCGACCCUGCGCAACGAGCCCCCUUCAAGAACUUCAAGGCGCCCACGCCUAUACAAGCCGCAGCAUGGCCCUUCUUACUCUCCGGAAGAGACGUUAUCGGAGUCGCAGAGACUGGGUCAGGAAAGACGAUGGCAUUCGCAGUUCCCUGUGUACGCGGAAUCCUAGCUCUCCCGGCAAGCCAGAGAAAUAAGGGUCCCAGGGCUGUCAUUGUAUCGCCGACAAGGGAGUUGGCAAUGCAGAGUUAUGACCAGAUCAUGGAACUCGCCAAAGUCUCUGGCUUAAAGGCCGUGUGUGUAUAUGGCGGCGUGCCCAAAGACCAACAGCGCCAAGCGUUGAAGACAGCAGAUAUUGUUGUUGCGACUCCAGGUCGUUUGAACGAUUUAAUCAACGAAGGCUGCGCGGAUCUCAGUAAAGCCAACUAUGUGGUAUUGGACGAAGCAGACCGCAUGCUGGACAAGGGAUUCGAAGAGGAGAUCCGCAAGAUUAUCAACAUGACCCUCCCCAUCGGCCAACGCCAAACCCUCAUGUUCACAGCGACAUGGCCAGAGUCCGUCCGCGCUCUUGCAUCUACCUUCAUGACCAGCCCAGUCAAGAUCGCGAUUGGCGAUAACCCCACAGGAGACUUGCGCGCCAACACGCGCAUUGUGCAGAAAGUCGAGGUGAUGGAUGGUAGACAGAAGGAAUACAGAUUGCUGCAGCUUCUUAAGCAGUACCAGAGCGGCGCGCAGAAAGACGACCGUAUCCUGGUGUUCGCACUGUACAAGAAGGAGGCUACGAGAUUGGAGGGGUUCAUCAAGAUGAAAGGUUUCCGAGUAGCGGGCAUUCACGGGGAUUUGAGCCAGGAGCAGAGGACGAGGAGUCUAGAUGCGUUCAAGAAGGGGACGACGCCGAUUCUGGUGGCGACGGAUGUGGCAGCUAGAGGGUUGGAUAUUCCCGCUGUGCAGCUUGUUAUCAACGUUACCUUCCCUCUCACAGUAGAGGACUACGUUCACCGCAUCGGGAGAACAGGCAGAGCCGGCUUGGAUGGCCUCGCUAUAACCUUCUUCACCGAGCAAGAUAAAGCUCUUUCGGGAUCUUUGAUCAACGUCCUAAAAGCAGCGAACCAAGAAGUCCCAGCCGACCUCCUGAAGUUCGGCACUACGGUCAAGAGAAAGGAGCAUGAAGCCUACGGCGCCUUCGCUAAAGACGUAGAUAUGAGCAAGAAGGCGAAAAAGAUCACUUUUGAUUGA